AUUUAUUUUUGUGAAAAUGCUCAAAUUUGUUCUAUAACAGGAGCUGUCAGACAGGGUGUGCAGUGAUAUACAUGCAUUAUGUGGGGGUAUUCCAUUUUCUGUAAGAGUGGUUGGAGAUUUGUUAAAAAAUGGCUUCACGCCAGAAAAACUUCUCUCGGGACUUCAGCGCGAGCCACAGUCAGUCCCAAUGGAUAUGUUCCUGCAAAAGUCUUUUCAGAUGCUGGAAUCAACGCCCUCAAUGAAUGAAUUAAAAAACCUUCUUGUCAGAUUUUCAGUUUUCCAAACUGCAAGGUUCAAUAUAAGUGCUGCAGUUGCAGUAGGCUUCAAUACAUCAAGAGACGAAGAAUUUCGAAGACCUUUAAGUCUCUCGUCAUUUAGUGGAAUGACAAUUAGAGAUGAAACAGUGAAAAAUGAAAUGGAACUGAAGUUACAGCAGUUGAAGUGUCAUUUUUUACUAGAAAUUGAUGAUGCCCAAUCUUCAUUGGGAAGAAAAAGAACAUCCGGUGAAAAGUUAUUCUCCUUGCAUCCAUUGGUUGCUAACUACGUAAUGUCACUUUGUAAAGAAGAUGAAAACCUCAGGAUGGAAAGAGAAUCGGCAAGAUCACAGUUUUUACAGUAUUAUGGUACUGUCGUAGAGACAUUAGGUAAACGUUGCGAUAGCGACCCUCUCAUAUCCAGAAACAUGAUAGAGGCAAGUAUGAUACAUAUUAAGCAAUUUUUCACAAUAAUUCGUGACGAGAAAACUCUGUUAACCCAGUAUUUACCACAGAAAGAUCCAAACAAACAUAAAAGAUCUGCUAAAGUUGCUGUUCAGAGAAGGCACAUUUGGAAAAUUGCUGAAUGGGCGAUUUCAUCAUCUGAAAGGAAAUUGUUUGCAAGAAGACAGGCUGAACUUGAGCAUGACCGAAAAAAUUUGUUCAGUUAUAUAUACUGGAGGUCUCUGGAAGCAGAAAGUCUGUUAAUACAGGAUCGGAUUCAACUGACUCUUGAACUGUUGGAUAAUGUAACCUCUGAGCUUGGAAUCGUCACUGAUGACACUGUGUGCUCAAAAGUGGAUGGAUGGAUUAAAGUUCCAGAUGAAGAAAUGAUUACAUGGGCAACAUUUUAUACGGUAAAGGGAAGACUUUACUUUAAGAAAAGUAGAAACAAUAACGAGAAAGUCUUGCAGGAACGAGCAAUGAAUAUAUUAACACUGGCAGAAAAUCUUUUGGAAGGAAAGAUAAAUCAUGCAAAGGCGAGGAUCUCAAAAAAUACUUUCAAAUUGAUCUUGCAGAUGUCAAAAAUUUGA